UGAAACACUGACGCUAGACAUUGAAUUAAACAGAAAAAAUGUUACGUUUACGGCUUUUUGAACGUUCUAACUCCCCCAGGAUCACAUGAAAGCGACGCCAGAUGCUUUGUUGGCUGACCUGGAGUCCACCACUUCUCACAUUUCAAAGCGGCCGGUUUUCCUGUCUGAAGAAAGCGCCUACUCCAUCCCAGUCAGAGAUCCAGACCACAGAGACGUUUCCUCCUCGCCCCAAGAUCAUGCUGAGCAAUUCCUCAAUGGACUAGAUGAGACAGAGAGAAGCCCCUGGUCUGGAGAAGGUAGCAGCCCAAGUCAACCUGUGGGUGAGGAGGAGCACGUCUACAGCUUCCCUAACAAGCAGAAGAAUAGUGAGUCAUCGCCAGUUCCUGCCAUGAAUUCCUCUUUGGGCAGCAACCUAUCUGAGCUGGACCGCCUGCUGCUGGAGCUCAACGCUGUCCAGCAGAGCGCCCCCACCUUUCCUAUAGAAGAAGCAGCACCACCUCUUCCUGCAAGCGGAUUCAUCCACCACAUCCAGGAGAAUGGAGUCUCUAGCGCAGGAAAAGUCCCACCACCAACUUUGGAGAAGCCCAAACGGGGCGCGGCAGCUCGAGGAGCAGAGGCUGUGAGGCCCAGCGUGGAGAGCCUUCUGGAUGAGCUGGAAAGCUCUGUGCCCAUGCCAGUUCCCCCUGCAUUAUCAGUGUCGGAUAAAACAAACGCACCGGAAGACACUCUGGCACAGCAGCAAGCCCGAAUGUCUGCGUCCUCUGCAACACGAGAGCUGGAUGAGCUCAUGGCUUCACUGUCUGACUUCAAAGUUCAAAGCAACAUCCAGUCACAAGGAAAGGCCUCGUCCAACGCUCCGGCAAAACCUGCAAACAAGCUGGACAACAUGCUAGGAAGCUUGCAGUCCGAUCUCAACAGACUGGGAGUCCAGACGGUGGCCAAAGGCGUCUGUGGUGCCUGCAGUAAACCGAUUGCUGGACAGGUGGUGACAGCCAUGGGCAGAACAUGGCACCCCGAGCACUUUGUCUGCACCCACUGUCAGGAGGAGAUCGGCUCCAGAAACUUCUUUGAGCGUGACGGGCAGCCGUACUGCGAGAAAGACUACCACAGCCUGUUCUCGCCACGCUGCCACUACUGUAACGGAUCCAUACUGGAUAAAGUCGUCACUGCUUUGGACAAGACUUGGCAUCCAGAACACUUCUUUUGUGCCAAGUGUGGAUCCUUUUUUGGACCAGAAGGCUUCCAUGAAAAAGAUGGAAAAGCUUUCUGCAGAAAGGACUACUUUGACAUGUUUGCCCCUAAAUGUGGCGGCUGUGCUCGUGCAAUCCUUGAGAACUACAUCUCUGCCCUCAACUCGCUCUGGCACCCCGAAUGCUUCGUCUGCAGGGAAUGCUUCACGCCGUUCAUAAACGGCAGCUUUUUCGACCACGACGGGCAGCCGUACUGCGAGGCUCAUUACCACGAGCGACGCGGCUCGCUGUGCUCGGGCUGCCAAAAGCCCAUCACCGGCCGCUGUAUCACAGCUAUGGGCAAGAAGUUCCACCCCGAGCACUUUGUGUGUGCGUUUUGCCUCAAACAGCUCAACAAGGGCACCUUCAAAGAUCAGAACGACAAGCCGUACUGCCACGGCUGCUUCGUCAAACUCUUCAGUUAGGCUGCAAACGUACGAGUCUGAAUGCAGAGUAAAGGCUUUUUUGACAUUUUGAUCAUAUCAAGCGCGAGAGAAGGUCUAUUUAUCAGCGAUGAUGCUGAACAGACUACUUCGGUUUUACCUUUUACACUUUUACAAGAGAAAUUUAAAUAGAACCCAAAGAUAUUUCUGUUUAGACUAUUUCUUGUACACAAACAGAGCCAAAUAAGUAAUUUAUCCAACCUGCCUCAGUGCAGGGUCAAAAUUGAAUCGCCCAUGUUUGCAUGGAGAAGUGAGCACUAACUUAGCCCGAUUUUAAAUCAAGUUUAAUAAGUGGCCAUUGAGUAUUCUGGAGAAAAAAAAGUAUUUUUCUAGCUUUAGAAAACACAAAGACUUACACGCACACAGAUUCUCUGAAAAUCUUCAAACGCUGUGCACACUCAGACAGUGGAUCUCUUGAUGAGACCAUCUUUAAGAAUAUUUUAUAAGUUGGUGUUGGUGAGUUAUUUUUCUACAGAUUUCCUAUGAAAACAAACACAUUGUUUGUCACUUGAGCAUGAAUUGCCCACCCUUUGUGCGUAUUUCUUACUCAUUUACAUGUGGAGGUUAAACAAGUUUUUAUCUUAGUGCGGAAACUUCGCUUAACAAUAUUGAUCCACUCAAAUUGAUUUAUGAAUAUAAAUACAAAUAAUAUAAUUUUUAAACUGUUGGACUUUACAAAAAAAACAAACUUCUAGGAAAACUGAGAUUUUACUGCUGUAUUUGGUUUCAAAGAAUUUUGUUGUAUCUUCUCUUAUUGCCAACAUAUUUUAUUGUUGCGUUUAUAACGGAAUUAACUAAAUCUGUAGCUUGGUAAAUAUUAAAAUGAUAAAAGUUGUGUAUGUUAUUUUGGAGCAUGCAGUUUUUUGAUUUGGAGUUUUUCAGCAGCAGCUACAAUCAGUUCACACAUCUGUAUUGUCUUUGAUGAAGGGACAGAACUGUGUUUUGCCCGUUUCGGUUUAUUUCUGAGCGUUUGGAGCUCAUAGUGAUAUGCAAGGAGCUGGCUCUGUUGGCAUGUAGCUUACUGUGACAGAGGUUUACUCUCAAUUAUUUCAACACAAACAGCAUCUGGUCUUUGUAGCGUUGGUUAAAAAACUGUGACCCCGGCGAUCAAAGAAUUCACAAUUUACUGAUGAAACUGAAACGCUGGUCAGGAAUCAGGAUGUGGCAGAAAUCUAGGCCUGACCCUAGUAAAAAACAAAUAAGUAUUCAUAAAAUGCAUUUUGCAAAUACCUGUUUUUUUGUUUUUUUUAAGCAAUGAUCAAUGUUAAAGACUCUUUUCUUGUGCCAAAUGUCUCAAUGCAAUGAUGUCUUACACACUGUUGAGCUCUCUGCCUUCUCUGUGACCCACUGGGAGACUUCACCUGCUUUUGUUGCAUUCUAACUCAGAACCGCACACUGUAACAGGGGAAACCACAUAGGGAGGUUUCACACACAAAACCUUAUUUUCCACUGAUCUCACAAUAAACUGCCUUACAAUUCUCACUUCUGCCAGGAAAUCCAUUUAAAUAAAGAAUUAAAGCUUUUUUAUUAUUAUUAUUUGACUGCAAAUUAUGUGAAUGUUGCUUUGUAAACUGAGACGUAUUCAUGUUAUCUUUACUAUUCAAAUGAUCUCAGGAGUCAUUUAUUUGUGCGCCUCUGUGUGGGUGGGGUGGAAGCAUUUGUUUGUUCUGACUGGCAAACGUCUACAAAUAAAAUAAAGAGUGUUUAUUUCACA